GCAACCCUCUAGUUAGUUUGUUGUCAAUGACUGAAACGCGUGCUGUGUAUUGACCCUAUCCGGUUUAUUUAUUAAAUACCUUUGCUGCCUUGUUUUUAAUUUGCUGAAAAUAGUUUUCCUCUGCUUCCUCAUAAUCUCUGGGUUCACCGUCACUAUAGCAUAAUGUCGGGCGAUGACAUAUCUCAUCAAAUUUUGGCGGUAAUCCAGGGUAUUCCGGCUGGUGCCAAUAAUGAAGACUUGGAAAAAAGUCUGCCUGAUAUAACGGCUGCAGUAAGAGUUGAAGGUCUAAAUAAACUACUUAAACAGGGAUCUAUAGAAAUUUUGAAAAAAGGAGACAAACUUUUCUAUAGAGCUAAAGAUCCAAAAAAGAGUGCCUUGCCCAAAGAUGCCGACAAUGAGGAAAAAAUAGUAUACGGUAUCAUAGAAGAAGGUGGCAGUAAGGGCAUAUGGAUUCGUGAUAUAAGAAUUCAAUCGAAUUUAAAUAUGACGCAGCUGAAUAAAAUUUUAAAAAACCUGGAAACAAAGAAAUUAAUAAAGGCAGUAAAAUCUGUUAACGCUAGCAAGAAGAAGGUGUAUAUGCUGUACAAUCUGGAACCGGAUCGUUCGGUAACUGGCGGAGCCUGGUAUCAAGAUCAAGAUUUUGAAGCUGAAUUUGUUGAUGUCUUAAAUCAGCAAUGUUUAAGGUUUUUGCAAAUGAAACGUGAUAAUGCUGAAAAGAAACGUGAAGGACCGUUGGCAUUUAAGCAACUCUCAUGCUGUACUGUAAAAGAGGUCCAUAAAUUUAUAUCUGAUUUGGGUAUUAGUAAGGUUAAUUUGGAUGAGGAUGACUUGGAGACAAUUCUGAAGACAGUUGUGUAUGAUGGAAAUGCUGAAAGAAUUUUAAUGUCUGAUGGCAGUCAUGUUUAUAGGGCUAUAAAUUCUCCCUUGGCACCACCUGGCUUAGUCCAAAUGCCUUGUGGAAUAUGUCCUGUAAUUAAAAAUUGUUCAACUUGUGGUGAUGUAACGCCAACUAAAUGCCAAUAUAUGAAAGAAUGGUUGGAUUAAAAGUAAAUUGAACUUAACUAAAAUAAAAAUAGGUGUUUAAAAUUUAA